CUACUUCCCCUCGCCUUCCUUCUUCCCCGGACGGGCCAGAAGAGAGCACCAGACCCAAAAUCCAGGGAUCGUACCGGCGUGUAGGCGGCCGCGCUUGCUUCACUGCGUUGCCGAGCGAGUGGACAUGGGGCUGGAGAUGGCGCCGGUGGAAGCGGAGAGAUCGCCGGAGCAGCCGGAGCUGCAGAUUUACCCGCUGUGCCGCUACUACUUCGGCGCCAGGGACGCCCGGCCAUGCGCCGGCGAGACUGCCGCCGACCGCGCUCUCCGCCUCAAGGCCAACUUCGCCGCUCGCGGGCUCCGGACCUGCGUCCAUGGCGUCCUGCUGGUCGAGCUGUCGGGUCACCCGCACGUGCUGCUCCUGCAAGUCAGGAACUCCUCCUUCCUCCUCCCGGGCGGCCGCCUCAGGCCUGCCGAGCAAGAUGUCCAAGGCCUGAAACGCAAGCUUUCCAGCAAGCUAGCCGCUGCGGAUCCAAACGGCGACCACCACUGGCAGAUCGGGGAGUGCAUUGGCAUGUGGUGGAGAUCAGAAUUCGAGGCCAGGCCAGUUCCAUAUCCGCCUCCAAGCACUCGUGCACCCAAGGAAUGCGUGAAGCUGUUCUUGGUUAGGCUGCCCAUGGCUCGCCAGUUCGUCGUGCCGAGGAACCUCAAGCUCCUAGCCGUGCCUCUGUCCCAGAUUCACGACAAUGCUCAGGUGUAUGGCCCAAUCAUAUCUGGAAUUCCGAAUCUGCUCUCCAAGUUCUCCUUCAACGUUGUAAGGAACUGAGAAGGUGCUUUGUGUCGGGGUUUUUUGUACAAGGGGCUGCAUUUUUGGUUAAUAGCCAUAGAACAAUAUACAGAACACGGACUGUCAGAUAAGACUAUGUACACGCCAGCUGCAGCUAGUUCAGCCCGUCUCCGGUCGGACGUGGCGAUGGUGGCACAAGGACAUUCGUAGCUUCUUAAGGCGUUGUUGCGGAAAAGGUUGAUUUAGUCUGAGGACUGCUACACACACGAUGGAUUGUGGCCGAUCUGUGGACGACAAGCUAUAGCAGCCAUCGAUCAGUUGAGUUCACGUGGGCCGCAUUGUCGUCUGCAUAGUGAUUUCGUUUAGUCUAGGUGUUAUUUUCAUAUCUUGUAAUGGUUCGCCUGUGGUUGCCUUGUUUUAUACUUUGCUUCAUAAUUAAUAAAAAAGUUGGAGCUAGUUCGGUAAGGCAUGUAAAA